UUAGUUGCCAUUUGGAGUGAGGAGCGGGCAGAGGCGGCGGCGGUGGCGAUCGCAGUGGCGCGGGCUCCGCGGAGAACCAGCUACUUCAAGGCCCUUACUCCCUACCCGGUCCAGCCGGAGUCCCCGGCCCUCCCUGCAGCUGCCGGGCUCCCCCGCUCGUGCAGCCACGCCUGGCAGCGAGCGGCCCCCGGGGCUCCGGGAUCCGGACGGUUGUCCCUCUCCCCUGUCAGCGCGAUGCCCGGGGCGGCGGCGGCUCCAGACUCCUCGCGGUCCCAGCCGUGACCGCCACACCAAGCCCGGCCGGGCUGUUGGGGCCGUUGGACGUUUGUUUUCGCAGCCUUCCCCUCCCCCUUCGCCAAAGCGGCGGGGGUGCGCGUUGGGAAGGGGGAGCCGAGAGACUCCUCCCCCUCCCCAAUACCCCCGCCCCUCCCCCUUACACACUCGCACGCACAGUCGCGCCGGCUCCCACACGCUCGCGCGCCUCUCACUCCGCGCCUCCGUGUCGGCCGGCGUCGUCCAGGGCCCGCGGAGCCACCAUGUCCACUGCCUCCUCCUCCAGUUCCUCCCAGACCCCUCAUCCCCCGCCGCAGAGGAUGCGGCGCAGCGCCGCGGGUUCCCCGCCCGCCACCCCCGCUGCUGGGAGUGGGAACGGUGCGGGCGGCGUGGGCUGCGCCCCGGCUGCGGGAGCCGGCCGGCUGCUGCAGCCCAUCCGCGCCACGGUGCCCUACCAGCUCCUGCGGGGCAGCCAGCACAGUCCCACGCGCCCGCCCGCCGCCGCCGCCGCCGCCGCCGCCGCCGCCGCCUCGCUGGGCAGCCUCCCGGGGCCCGGCGCGGCCCGCGGCCCCAGCCCGCCCAGCCCGACGCCACCGCCGGCCGGGGCCCCCACCGAGCAGACGCCGCGGGCCAAGGGCCGCCCGAGACGGUCCCCCGAGAGCCACCGGAGGAGCAACUCACCUGAGAGAAGGAGCCCCGGCUCGCCGGUGUGCAGAGUGGACAGGUCAAAAUCUCAGCAAGUUCGAACCUCUAGUACAAUAAGGCGAACCUCUUCUUUGGAUACGAUCACAGGACCUUAUCUCACAGGACAGUGGCCACGGGAUCCUCAUCUUCAUUAUCCUUCAUGCAUGAAAGAUAAAGCUACUCAGACACCUAGCUGCUGGGCAGAAGAGGGAGCAGAAAAGAGGUCACAUCAACGUUCUGCAUCAUGGGGGAGUGCUGAUCAACUGAAAGAGCAGAUUGCCAAACUGAGGCAGCAACUACAACGUAGUAAACAGAGUAGUCGGCACAGUAAGGAGAAGGAUCGGCAGUCACCUCUCCACGGCAACCACAUAGCACUCAGUCACACUCAGUCUGCUGGAUCCAGAUCAGUCCCCAUGCCACUGUCAACUGUAUCAGUGCCAAAAUCAUCUGUUUCACGUGUGCCCUGCAAUGUAGAAGGAAUAAGUCCUGAGCUAGAAAAGGUAUUCAUUAAAGAAAAUAAUGGGAAGGAGGAAGUGUCCAAGCCCUUGGAUAUCCCGGACGGCCGGAGAGCCCCGCUCCCCGCUCACUACCGGAGCAGCAGCACUCGCAGCAUCGACACGCAGACUCCCUCUGUCCAGGAGCGCAGCAGUAGCUGCAGCAGCCAUUCACCCUGUGUGUCUCCCUUUUGUCCCCCGGAAUCCCAGGAUGGUAGCCCUUGCUCAACAGAAGACCUGCUCUAUGAUCGUGAUAAAGACAGUGGGAGUAGCUCACCGUUGCCCAAGUAUGCUUCAUCUCCCAAACCAAACAACAGCUACAUGUUCAAACGGGAGCCCCCAGAGGGAUGUGAGCGAGUGAAGGUCUUUGAGGAAAUGGCGUCUCGUCAGCCUGUCUCAGCCCCUCUCUUUUCAUGUCCUGACAAAAACAAGGUUAAUUUCAUCCCAACCGGAUCAGCUUUCUGUCCUGUAAAACUCCUAGGCCCUCUCUUACCUGCCUCCGACUUGAUGCUCAAGAACGCUCCUAACUCGGGCCAGAGCUCAGCCCUGGCCACCCUGACCGUUGAGCAGCUCUCGUCCCGGGUUUCCUUCACGUCGCUCUCUGAUGACACCAGCACGGCUGGCGCCACGGAGGCUUCUGUCCAGCAGCCGUCCCAGCCGCCACCACCACCGCUCCUGCAGGAACUGCAGAGUGAAGAACACAUCUCUGCUCAGAACUAUGUGAUCAUCUGAGGCAGAGGGGGAGCUGGCCUCUCCCCUGCAUCCCAUGGGGCAGGGACUAGCCCUCAGACAUCCAUGUGCAUGGAGUGACAGACUUUCCAAACACCACCACCGACGACAAACUCCUUAUCAGCGUCAUAACGUAUCUCUUAGCUGAUCUUGGCAGGGACGGAACUCCUAGUCAGCAGGUUUUGUGGAAGGCAGCAAUGCUUGCAAAGUAUGCGUGUGUGUCAUUCAUCAUUUUAAGUGGAGACUAUGCAUUUCAUAGUAUGUUUGACAGAGUCGUCCCGUGUCCUGUGUUUUGUUCCAAAUUCUUCAGUAAAAUAAGCUCUAUUAUCAAAAAGUUGCCUGUCUCAAUAGAAAAUGUCUUGCUGUGUUUUGUCCUAUGGAAAAUACUGUACUUCAGGAUUAUGUUUACAAUUGAUCCAGGUGUUUGUUUCUAACUUCCGUACUACAUACAAUGCAAAAAAAUAAAAUAGAAUGAAUGGCCACAACAGUUGCACAGUGCCCACCCUAUGGCCUCGCUUCAGGUACUUCAGGUGAAGUCUAAACUCAGGUAACUUGGAAUGUAUAUCAUAUCGGGAUAUUAAAUAUUUCACAGCUAAAAAGCUAAAGAGGGAACAUCACUCUUUUUGCCUUUCCUUAUUUUACGCAUUUCCCUUUCCUCAUCACAUUCCACAUUCUUAGAAUAAGAAGUGCAUUCAACCCUAGGAGAAUGAUAAUCCUGGACAUGGGGGAACAUGAGAAGAACCAGCAAAUCUGUGGUGUCUGACAUCGUUGUUGUCAUGUGGUUACAAGUAAAACAACUGCUAUAUUCACCAUUUCAAUAUGUGUCAACAUGGCUUUUUUUUUUUUUAACAAGUUCAGGUGUUGCUCAGUUAAUGACUGUUCCAUGUCACAAAUAAAGUGUCCAGUACUAGACUGUACAUAAACAUUCCACAUUAUGUGUGAUGUUUGUGAGGGAAUUUAAAGACAAGAAUGUCUAGGUUUAAAUUCAGAACAAGUGAAGUUUCACAGGGGAUGAUUGAGAUUUUUGUGUUACUGUUGGCCUUCAAGGUCAUGAAAUGCUACUGUUUUCUCUAAAGGCAUAUUAAUGUUUAGUUUCUCUGUUGGAAAUUCUUUCAGUUGCAGGUUGGAAAAUGACAUGCUUUUGGUUAUUGCUUUCUUCAAGCAGUUUAGGUGCACGAGUUGCGUUCACGUAGAGAGAGAAUGAUGUGAGUCUUAGAAUCAACGCAACACAAGUAGGCAGGUUAUUUGGUGACUUACAAAAGCAGUAGUUUGAAGCUGUCUCAUUUAAGCCUCUCAUAAUACUAUGAAUAGUGCUGUUAGUGUUUUGGAUGUGCAGAGUAGAGCAUACACCCAAGUAAAUAGCCUUGAACUUGUGGACUUGACCUAAUGUAUCGACAGCGUGUGAAGAGAGUCCUAGAUACUCCUGAUUCGUCAGGGGAGGAACCUGACUUUCAGAUGUUGUUUUCUACAGCACAAAGAGAGUAUCCAAAAGCAAAGGGAAGUUUUUGUAUUUUUAUUACAUUGUUUUCAGGUUCAAUAAAACAAGAGUUGUUUCCAUCUGCACCUAAAGUGUAUGGCACAAUUUUCUUAAGAAUUAGGGGAACGAGGUGCCUACAGCUACAGGAACGUUUCAGUUCCCUUCAGUUAUUCCUGGGUUUUUCUUUAUUUUCUAAGGAGGUUGAAGAAGGAAGAAGUGAUAAAGAUGAAAGCAACACCAUUGAUUUUUUUUUUAAAGAAAUGGCAUAUAUAUAUAUAUAUAUAUAUAUAUAUAUAUAUAUAUAUAUGUAUGUUUGUGUGAGUGUGUGUGUGUGUAUUCUAUGUAUUAUUUUGUCAUGAUCCCAGUUAUCUUCCCACCAAAGUGUGCAGUAAUAUUCUCUCCUGAAGGUGCAUUCUGGCUCCUUUUAAUUAGUCAGUGUUACAUAGUAGGAGACUGUCAUGGAAAAAGACUCAGUUUACUUUUGCCAUUUUCACAGGGGAACCUUUUAAAACAAUCUCUUCAGCAGCAGACACCUUUAACCCUAAUAAUCUCAGGCCUUGAUGAAAAUACUAUAUUUUGUAGGUUAUGGUUAAAGGAAGAAAAUUAUUCUGUAAGAUAAAUAUGAGCUCCAUUAACUUCUGAUAUCUGAUUUAGCAUUACAUGAUGUGUUGAUCUUAUGCUCUGCUUUUGUCCAAAUAAGAUGCAAUAGUAUCAAUAUCAAUUUCUGAAAGAUGGACCGAAUAUGCUUUUUUGGUGAUGAAUUCUGAUGUACAAUAUUUAUGGUGACAUGUGCUUUUAUUUUCUCAUGAGAAGUUGAAUAUUAAUUGUGUUGUACAUUUGUUCGUAGAAUAUAUUAAAAUUUGAACCAAAUGUGUUAAAAGCUUAUGCUUUGCCAUGUAAAUUUCCCAGAAGUUGUUGAGCUCAAAUGUAUCCUACAUCCAGCUGUAGAAAUUUGUCGGAAAUUGUUUAAAUUUUGUAUAUAGUGGUACUGUUUCAUUCUAGCCACUGCGCUGAACAGUAUUCGAGACAGCAUACAAUAUGGCUUUACACAAGGAAAUGUGUGGCUUUCGUUUUGUAUUUUUUUCAGUAUAGAAGUUCCUGUGUCUUAUUUAAAUAAAGUUAUUAGUAAA